AUGGGACGAGUGUUUGUCAGAAGACAGAUGCCUACUCGCGUUGAUCGAGCCCAGCCCUAUCAUCGCCGCCGCCCUGGUCGCGACAGACCGGACAACUGGCACCUCUGGACCAAGGCGAUGAGACAGGGGUGGCUGAACCGGCCUCGAGAAGUUCUGGCACCUAACCUCGACUUCAGCGCCUACCCUCUGCGCAUCUGUCUCGACUGUGAGAGACCGGUCAAAGUCACGGAAUAUUGCAACGGAGAUUGGGAAAUCAUCCACCAGACAUGUCGCUUCCAUCGUUACGCACCUGACGCGGGCUUGACAAGCGCGAGAAACCACCCGAUGAUGCCUAUCAUGUUCCCCAAUGCGCUUCACACCAAGACACAUCACGUCGGUAACUGUAUCGUGAACCACACGCCAAUCAUUUCGCCCAACAAUGGUCUGGCUGACUCCGUCUACUUCCUGCGCUGCACGGGCACUUACGUCAACUCUAUUGGGCAAGCGAUCACCGUCGGGAAAAGCAUCAGCCGGCGGAAAGUCGGUGAUAUGAAGAGGGUUCCGGUGGUUCGUGCCAACAUACCUGCCGUUGUGCCCGAGGAGGCGCCGUUCGAGGUUCGGUAUGCCCAUGCCGUCCUCGAUGCAUGGGGCUUUGGUGCCCUCCAUAUAUGGAAGGACAUCGUGAAGGAUCGCAUCACCAGUACAGGUGAUAAGUACAAGUGUGGGACGGAAGGCCGUGGCGUCAAAGCUAGCCUGGCGAUAAAACUGUAG